AUGAAUUCCCCCCCGAGAGAGCAGUUCAAUGCAGAUACAAAACAAAGGAAAAAAGCACUCCAGCCCAUCCUUCUCUUCUACCCCUUUGUUAUAAAAUGCAUAAUUCCGCUACUCCCUCUCAUUGUGGUCAUCUCCGCAGACGCCAAAGUGGCAGAAGCCGGCAGAGAGGCACUUGAGGCCAUCGACAUACCUGAAAGUGCCUUGCUCAUAGUGCCAAGUGAAAACGGAGGAGCUUGGUGGGAGCGUGCAGAAGCUACGGCCAAGCCAGUUACACAGCUGAAUAGGAAUCCAGACACGAAAAUGGCUGUCCAUUGUGCUGAAACAACGGGAUUUGCUUCUGAUGUUGCCAGCUGUGCCUCUCCGUCUACUCCGCUUUCACGCUCUAGGAGCUUGCAGGCCUUCGAUGCUUCUCGCUUUGGUCCAGCUGCUCAGUAUGCACAGUACCUCGCCACAUUUGUUCCUCCUGUUCAGCAGCAGCAGUUCCUCCAGCAGGCCGCCGCUGCUGGUUUGGGUGUAGGGGGUGCCAGUAAUUCACACGCUUUAAAGAGACUACAGAGAAGGGCACAGGCUGCUGCAUAUGCAAACUCAGUUUCUUCACACCCGCUAGUUCAGGGAGUCGUUAGGACAGCAUUUACAGCCGUAGCAGAGGCACUGGGGAGUGUUACGCUUGCAGAUGUUUUGGAAGGAGCAGUUGGAGGAACAGGGUUUAUCCCGGUUCCCCCGAUUAUGUAA